AUGACACAGGUGCAGCCUACCGCACUCUGUAAUGAGAACUGCCACCCAGGUAGCAGAAAAAAUAAGAAAGAGGGAAGACCAUUUUGUUGCUUUGAUUGUGUUCCAUGUGCAAAUGGAAAAUUCUCAGACCGGAAAGAUAUGGAUGACUGCAUCACAUGCCCAGAAGGUCAGUAUCCAAAUAAGAAGCAAGAUCAAUGCAAUCUGAAGACUUUAAACUUCCUCUCUUUCUCAGAACCUUUGGGGAUCAUUUCAACUGUUUUAUCUCUGUUUUUUUCUCUGGUCACAGCUAUUGUGUUAGUAAUAUUCACCAAAAACAAGAGCACUCCCAUUGUCAAAGCCAACAACGUGGAUCUCUCUUUCACCUUGCUUGUCUCCUUGUUUUUCUGCUUCCUCUGCUCCUUGCUAUUUAUUGGUGUGCCUCACACAGUGAGCUGCUAUUUACAACAAAUUGGUUUUGUUGUGACUUUCACAGUAGCUAUUUCAUGCAUAUUGGCAAAGACCAUUAUAGUGGUUGUGGCUUUCAUGGCCACCAAACCAGGAUCCAGAAUGAAGAACUGGGUAAGAAAAAGACUGGCAAACUCUAUUCUUCUUGGUUGCUCUUCUAUUCAAGUUAUCAUUUGCACAUUAUGGUUACUCAUUUUCCCACCAUUUCCAGAUGUUGAUAUGCAUUCUCUGUCUAAAGAAAUCAUAUUAGAAUGCAAUGAGGGCUCAGUUAUCAUGUUUUAUUGUGGUCUCAGCUACCUUGGAUUUCUUGCUCUUGCCAGCUUAUUUAUGGCUUUCGUUGCCAGAAAGCUGCCAGCUACUUUCAAUGAAGCCAAACUCAUAACUUUUGGCAUGCUGGUGUUUUGCAGUGUUUUGUUGUGCUUUCUAUCAGCUUACUCAAGCAUCAAGGGAAAACACUUUGCAAUUGUGGAGAUCUUUUCCAUACUGGCCGUUAGUGUGGGGUUCCUGGUUUGCAUCUUUUUCCCCAAAUGCUACAUACUUAUUAUGAGAUCUGAGCUGAAUUGUAAGGGCCAACUAGUAAGAAAAAUUAGUAAGACCCCUAGACUGAAAUCUUGUGCACAUUUAUCUGGCUGAAUUACAGAGACAAGCGUUUUGCAACAUUCUGCCUGGAAUUUGCACACCCUGAAGAAUUUCAGAAUAGUUAUUCUAUGCAGAAAUAAACAUGGUUUUCCCAACAAAAGUAAUUUAAUAUUAAAGUUAUUGAAUCCAAAACACAUGAUGGGAUUUUUUUAGAGAGCUGAGGAUUUGUGCAUUUUGUGUACAUUAAAAAUAUACAUGCAUAUGCAUUUUUCAGGAUUUUUACAUCAAGAUAAACAAUGAGCCUUGGAAAUAUAUAGAUUUUUUAAGUGGAAAUAAAGUCCACAUCACUGUUAUGCUUGAAAGGUAGAUAUUCUUCUAGAAAAAAUAUGAACCUGAUAAGUUUAUUUUCUCAAUGGCUUAGAGAUAAGGAGAGAAAGAGCAG